AUGUGCAUAAUCGUAGCGCGCGACGAAGAAGCGCGUACGCGUAAUAUGCACGGGGGAAAAGUGGGUGGAGCUGGAAAUGGUGAUUACGGGCGUGAGCGGAGCAGAGCGGGAGAGAAAAUGGAGCUCUUUCAGGUCACGCCGAGCCUCAAGAAAGCGGCCGGCCUGAUAAACGGGCUGGAGGCUGGAAGAUUCAGCAAAAUCCUGACCAGAAUCAUGCCAAAACUUCACCUGAAGGACGAGCCCGCCUUCAGUCCUGAAGAGAUCGAGAAGCUUCCUGCCGCUCUGAAAUUGGAACCAAAGGACGUGGAACUGGUUCUGGACACGUCCACUUUCAUUAUGCAACAGGCAGCGUACCACUUGGCCAAGCCAGCCGUCCUGAGUCAACAUUUACAAAAGAUUGGCCUGGAAGAAGAAAAGAUCCAGGUGUUUGUGGGUAUGUGGACUGCACAUGGGAAAUCAGUGGUCGAAAAGUUGCAGUCUAGAACAUUCUACCCAAAACAGCUGGACGAGGUGAAAUGGAGGCUAAAUCUCCAGAUUGCACAGUCCAGUCGCACAAAGAUGAAGCUACCAAACGCACUGUUCGAAUUUGGCAUAAAGGACGGAGAGGAGAAGGACAGAGUUCGUGUGGAGUUUACUCACGAGGAGCUGUUCAAAUUUUAUGAAAAGGGGGACGGUGACAUCAUUGCGGUAUCCGCGGUUCAAAAGGCCUGUGUAAAUCAGUAUCGGUACCAGCUCCUCACAUUCUUGACCGCUAUUCUAUCUGGUCUCCGCAAUAGUAAUGCUGCUGUUGGCUUGGAAAUGAUGUGCUAA